GUGAAAGAUGGCGAAGAUAAAUUUUGUCAUGAAGUGAAAAGUACAGCAUCGGGAAUAUUUGAGAAAGCUGGUGAAUUAUUUGAAGAAGGCGGUAAAUGA